AUGUUGGAAACAUGGAGUUGCACCUCCAUAAGUUUGAUCAGAGAAAGUGGUUCUCUUAUGAGCUCUGUAGUAACAGGAGGAGCAGGGCUUGUCACCACCUUCUUGUCGAUGUUAAUUGUCGAUAAAUUUGGCCGGAGGGCUCUGUUUAUAGUCGGAGGCAUGCUGAUGCUUUGUGCACAGGUAGCUGUGGGUGCAAUCAUGGCAGAAAAGCUUGGUGACCAUGGUGCUCUGAGCAAAGCUGAUUCAUAUUUGGUGUUGGUGUUGAUUGGUAUUUACGUUUCCGGAUUUGGAAUAUCAUGGGGAUCUCUGGGUUGGCUGGUGCGUAGUGGGAUUUAUCCACUUGAGAUCAGAUCAGCAGGUCAGAGUAUUACUAUUGCCGUGAGUUUCACCUUCACCUUCUUGAUCGCGCAGACCUUCUUGGCUAUGCUUUGUCACAUGAAGUCUGGCAUUUUUUUCUUCUUUUCUGUGUGGGUGGUGGUGAUGACUGGCUUUGUUUAUCUGUUCCUACCAGAGACGAAGGACAUCCCUAUUGAGCAGAUGGCACGUGUGUGGCACGUGUGUGGAGGAUGCAUUGGUUUUGGCACAGAUAAUAUUUCAGAAUGGAUGUCUCAAGCUGUACAAAGGUUCAACCAAUCUUGUGAACCUGUGAAGUGUGAACUUUUGGCAUAA